AUGCAGAAAAUGUGCUGUUCCAAUGUCGUCUCUUUUGAUAUUUUGUUAUUGCUGGUAUCUAUAUUAAUAUUUGCGAAACCUGUUGUCAAGAGCGUGCCAAUAUUGUGCAAUCAUACAAAAUUAUGGAAAUUGGGUGGUCGGAAUAUCGUCACGGAUUCGAAGGGCUUCGUUUUACUAGUAGUACUAAUGCCAUUGCAAUGCGAACAUUGCCGUAAACAAUUGAUGAAAUUCCAAACGGUAAUGGAAACAGUGCCGGAAAUAAGGAUUGUUGUUGUAGCUCCACUUGAUGAGGAUCCUCGUCUGAUUGAGCGCUAUCGAGAGGAAUUCUCACGCGUUGCAAUCGGUAUGGAAUCGUUGAAUGAGCGAAUCUGGAACACGCUGUCAGGAGUCGCCCACGAUCACUUUAUUUAUGACCGAUGUGGCCGUUUAGCCAGCAUUAUUCGGCAUCCGCAAAGUGAUACGUCAAAGUUUGAGCAUACACUUUGGGCAUUGAAAUUAGCUAUUAACUAUGCUCAAUGUGGCUGGUGCCAGUAUGAUCCACCCGAUUUGCCGGCACCUCAGAAACCUAUCGUUACAAGCUAUGCUUCCUCUACGUACAUUGGCAAAACAAAAAGACCUCGUAUUAAGGCAGUGGUACAACCACAAAACAGUAGGACAUAUACGGUGAAUUCGGAUCGGCGAUUUGAUAUUUCCAUGCGAACCGAUAUGGUAGCUCCAGUACGUAAUGGUCAUAUUAGAACUUCUGAUGAUUAUGUCUCUCCUCCACUUAAUGUUACUCCUUCACCAACAACCAUUGAAAAUAAUCAAAAGAUGGUGGUCACUAGUAGCAAAUCACAACAGCAGCAACAAGUUUCUGUGCACAAACAAGAACCAGCUCAGCAGCAAAUGCAACAAAAGCAUUUAAAGUUUGAAAAUGUUCAAAGAAGGGUCAUAACUCGGCCGGACAAUAAUAUUUCAACAGCAAGUAAUUGGCGAGCAUCGAGUGAAUGGACACUAUCACGCACAUUCCCGAGUCGGACAGAUCAAGAUGGAAGUCAACAACGUGAGCACCAGCGGAAAAACGAACUGCAACACCAACAAGAGCAAAACAGAAGAAAACAGAAACAAGAGUAUAAGACUUUGGAAAAACUGCACGUACGACAAGAACAGCAGCGUGUAAAACAGAAAGAGCAGGAAAGAAUUCGGAAACAGAAACAGGAACAGAGAAGGAUUCAAGAACAACGACCAUUGUUGGAAAUGCAAAGGCAACAUGAAGAACAACAACAUCAAGAACAACAAGGAUUCCAGAAACAAAAACUCGAAAGAAUCGAUGAACAGCUGAAGCUGCAAGAACAAAAAACCGAACUUCACACUGAUGUAAGCGGUAAAGAGCAUGAACGUCGGCUUGACAGUUGGAGACAACUCAAAGCUCCGCAACAUCAGCAGAACAUUCAAGAUUCUGCAAUAACAAUCUUUGAUUCCAUAGAUCCAGUAAAGAAAACUUCAUCUCUUUAUGAUGUAGGAGAUGAAGAAGGCGACUAUGAUUAUUCGCAGGCGGUCAGUGAAACAACCGUUGCUCCAACUGAUGAGACGCAAAUCAUGGGUACGAAACGUCCAUUUCUAUUCGAGCAUCAAGUACCAUGCGCUGCUUUUACAGAUGAAAUAUGCAUCGAACAGAAAAAAAGGAUUGGUGCAGAUAAGAUGAGCAAAUGUUGUAAUAAAGGAAUUUAUUUGACGGAUUUAUGCGUACCGAGGCGUUGCACAAAUGCUACUAUUGAAUUAUGUUGUAUGCAGAAAUUUCUCCAGUCGAAAUAUAGAUGUUGUUUGAAUGACAGUAAAGCAAUUAAUUCUCCCGGUGAUACAUUCAGUCGCUGCUGUUUCCACAAAUUUGUACAGAAAGAUGAUAAGUGUUGUCCAGCUCAUCGUGCUAAAUUCCAUUGGUUAACAGCACAUGAGAUAUGUCUACCUAAUGUUCGGGUUGAUUUGAGUAGUUUGCGGUUUUCGAUACAUGUUGCUAAGAAUGCCGGCAUGAAUAAUAAUAAUCAGGAAUUGAAUGAUGUAAUAAUAAUAGAUCUAAAUGAAGACAAAUCAUGGGAUCACAGUUGUGAGCAAGGUGCCAAAGUGUUGCAGUUCCCUUAUUUACCCAAUGAUGAAGACAAUAGCGCUGAGAAAGAAAUCUAUGACAAUAGCGAGGAAAGCAAAUAG